GUCGGGACACACUUUGCGUUUCAUACCGGCAGUUUUAGACUCUGAGAAUCACAAAAUGCGUGUGGAAUCCAUUUGUCUCCUUCUUUUUGUAGGCUUAAUCGCCGAUUGCUCUUGUUUAGACGACGAGUCCAAAAGUGUGGAUUCCGCGUCCGUCUCCUUCCUUCCAUCAUUCAUUUACCAUUUGGAAUCUGAAUUUGAAGUGAAACCACAUGGGAUUCCAUACAUGGGAACUUGCGGUGUAGCCCAGGAAAACGAAUCCAAGGACUUGGAGACGCCAAGGGAGGAUUCUGUCAACCCCGAAGAUUCUGAUACUCUUAAGGAAUCCGCAAUAGUUUCGAGUGUCAAGGAGCAAGAGCCAAAGAUGGUGCAAUCUCCAACAAGCUACUCGUUUAUAAACCAGAGAGGAGCUCUGAGAUCCGACUACUUUGAUGACCCUAAAGGGAAUCGCAAUGACCGCAAGUUUUUCAUUUUUGGAGGCGAUGAACCAGCGGAGCCUUCACUAGAGGAGCUCCUGGAAGAAAACAAGACCUCGAAUGGUGUACUACUUGUCGACUUUUAUGCUACAUGGUGCCGUCCCUGCAAUGUAAUGGCUCACCACCUUGAGGCCAUAAAGGAGACUUACCGCGACGAUAAGCUAAAGAUUCACAAGGUCGAUGUUGACAAGAAAGCAGACUAUGCUUCAAAGUACAAGGUUACUGCCCUUCCUACCCUUGUUCUCUUUACAAGAGGUCAAGAAGCAAAGAGAAUAGUCGGUCUCGUUGAAGUUGAUAAACUCAUGGAAGAAAUAGACCAACUACUAAGUGGCACAGAUUAG